CUAGAGAUGAACCACCAAAUCCGAUAACAUUUUAGGCUCUUAUGAUUAAGGUGAACUUCAUAACCGUCUAAAUGCAAAUGUGAUAACAGCGCAGUAGUUCAGACAACGCUUAAGUCAAUCAUACCCUACUAUGGAGAAAUCAACGUCAAAUGCAAAUGAAUGUUCAGUUAAUUCUCUUAGCCACUUUAUUACAUCGAAACACCAGUGUCUUGAAUCGCGUUCAAUAUAUUCAAAUCCACCUUAUACUCCGUAUACAAAUCCCUAUUAUAGUCCUCGAAGUAAUAGACGUCGACCUCCUUUAAGAGAAUCUCGUCGUGUUUCAAUAGAGCAAUCAGGGAGCUUUUUACAACUAAACCAAUACAAACUUAUGGAUCAAAUUGGUCAGAUUUACGUGGGAUAAACAAAUAGCUUGCAGCCUUUAUAUGUUGUUUUAGAAUAUCUAAAAAGACGCUAUAUGCUUUGGAUAUGUUGUUCUCAUCAUAAACCUUGCCCCAUGACUCGAAUCUCAGCCUUGCGUUCAGAAAAGCAAAAUAAGUUUUAGUUAUGCUGGAAGUAGCCAUUCUUCUUGUAUUACGGUUCUGACAAACUUUACUUAUCUUUAAACCGGUCAUCGUAUGGUCUGAGAUUUCG